AUGGCUGGAAAAUCGCAGAGUACUAAAAACAUCAUUGUUGCGGCUGGUCAUGGCCGACUCGAUCUUGUCGCAGCGCUCUUAGAAGGCGGAGCAGAUCCGAAUACCGUGGACGAUGUCGGAACUUCCGCCCUUCAUAACGCAGCAAAAGAAGGCCAUUGGGAUAUCGCCCGCCUGCUUCUCGAGAACAAUGCAUCACCCCGAAUUGAAGAUGGCAACCGCGUAACUCCACUCCGCCUCGCCGUAAGAGCAGGUCACGAACAUAUUGUUCGCUUGUUCUUAGAGUGUGAUCCUCCUACAAGCGAGACAAAAGAAACCGAAACAUUUAGACUCCUUCGCAUUGCUGCAGCUUUUGGCUUUACAGAAAUAGUCCAACUCUUUCUGGAUUGCAAUACCCCCACACUAGGCUGUAAUGGGGAAGAAACGGCACUGCACUUGGCGGCCGCAAGGGGACAUCAUGACGUCUGCGAUCUUCUCCUAAAGUACGACAAGACUUUGAAUCGAUCGUUAUGGGCCCGGAUCGCCGGACCCAGUUUGGAAGUCGACUCAAAAGAUUACUCGGGAAACACGCCCUUUGCGUACGCAGUUGAAAAAGGUCAUGACCAGACCGUGGAAGUCUUUUUACGCAAUUAUCCAGAACUGAGCAAGACUUCCGAUCGCCACAAAGAGCUCCUUUUCCAUAGGGCUAUCAGAGAAGGAAAGAUUGAGAUAGUUCGAAUAUUUUUGAGUCAUGGCGCGAAUACGGAGAUGAGAAACAAGUACGGACGUCGGGCCCUUCAUGUGGCGAUCACCGCCGAGAACAUGAGAUACACCACUGGGGGUAUUGAGAUGAUCCAGCUUCUACUUGCGCAUGGUGCUAUAGUUGAGGCAAAGGACGAGGAUGGCAGGACCCCCGAGUUUUUCUCCGAUAAUCCGAAGACCAGAAUGAUAUUGCGUAACCAUGCAGUUGCGCACUCAAAGGGUGAUUCACUACCGAUAGCGUCGACGGCUUCGGCUCCGCCACCUGAGUACAAGGCAUGA